AGUAUAUGUGUACCAAUUUAAAGAGAAAUUGCCUUUUUACAUUCUUCCUGCACAGACCAAAAACUUUCACAUUAAAAAUCCAAACGGAAUUAAUUUCCUGAUGGGAUUUAACAUAUCUCAGGCUGGGAUGGAGACAACUCAGAACAAAGCAUGAGGGUUCUUGGGCUGCACAGUUCCUCUCAUUCUUAUCUUGACUUCCUGGGAGAUUGGUUUCAACUACAUUCUUUGUGAAGAUACCUAAAGAGGAGAAACGUGAGAUAAGAGAGCCACAGGGCAUCUGCUCAGAUCCACAAAAAGGUUCCCUCUUUGCAGGAUGUUUAACUGAUAGGGUUGAGCCUAUGCCUAAUGACUGAAGGAAAGCAACAGAAGUAGGAAGAGAAAAGAGAAAGACAGAAAAUAUAUGCAAGGGAUUUGAACCUGUACUCAUCACCAUCCUCAUUCUCAUAGGAUGCAGCCAGACAUCAUCUUUAUCACAUCAUCAUAGCAAAACUGUGGUAAAUGCAUAACAACAGAAACCUCUUAUCAUCCCAUGAAUGCCCCCUGAGGAAGUCAGCUGAUCUCACCAAGCAGAGGAAUAAAUAUGACAGGCAUUGAUUGCUGCAGAGGAAAGGAAACAUGAAGUCCCUGUUGGCUUUGGGCUUGAUUGCCACUGCUUUUGCUAUCACUUGUCCUCGGCGUUUUGACAGUGCAAAGGUGUUCCGUGUGAAGCCUCAGAAUGAAAAGCAAGUGAGCUUCUUGAAAUCCUUGGCAAGCAAAAUACAGAUCGACUUUUGGUAUCCAGACUCGGCAUCACAUAUAGUCAACCAAAUGGAAGUGAAUUUCCUUGUCCGUGCUGAACAGUCCGAUACUGCCAAGACUCUCCUGGAGCAAAACGGCCUACAUUAUGAGAUUUUAUUUCAAAACCUACAAGAAGAGAUUGACAAGCAACUUGAAAGGAAUUCUCUCGACAGCUACAGUUACACGAAAUAUAAUGAAUGGCACAAGAUUUCUGCUUGGACUGCCAGAAUUGCAGAAAAGAAGCCAAAGUUGAUUUCCCGCCUUCAGAUUGGAAAAACUUUUGAAAAUCGGCCCAUGUACAUCCUUCAGGUUGGGAAACAAAACGGCAGCAAAAAGGCCAUCUUCAUGGACUGUGGAAUUCAUGCAAGAGAGUGGAUUUCACCUGCAUUUUGCCAGUGGUUUGUGAAAGAGGCCAUCAGGACUUACGGAAAGGACAAGACUAUGACAAAUCUGCUGGACAACAUGAAAUUCUACAUCCUUCCAGUACUCAACAUAGAUGGCUAUAUCUGGAGUUGGACUUCGGAUCGCUGUUGGAGAAAGAAUCGCUCUAAUGUAACCAGCAAUAAAUGCAUUGGUGUUGACCUCAACAGAAACUUUGAUGCUGCAUGGGGUACUGUGGAUGCUUCCAAAGAUCCAUGUACUGAAAAUUUUUGUGGACCGUCAGCAGAGUCAGAACCAGAAACGAAAGCAGUUGCAGCAUUCAUCCGCAGCCAUCUUUCUUCAAUCAAAGCCUAUCUGUCGAUUCAUUCCUACUCUCAGAUGAUAUUGUUCCCUUAUGGCUAUACUUUCAACAAGGCACCCAACCAUGAAGAACUGAAUGAACUCGCAAAGAACGCUUCCCAAGUUAUAGCCAGCCUGUAUGGUAAAAAAUACAAGUAUGGGACAUCAGCGCUGACAAUCUAUCCUUCCUCUGGUUGUUCUGAUGACUGGGCUUACAAUCAGGGUAUCAAAUAUUCCUUCACCUUUGAGCUUCGUGAUAAGGGCAAAUAUGGGUUCUUCCUUCCUGAAUCUGAGAUCAAGCCAACUUGCCAAGAGAUUAUGCUGGCAGUCAAGUUGAUGGCCAGUCAUAUCCUCAGCCGGACAAUGUAAUGAGGACUACUGCUUUAUGGCGUAUUGCAGAGCUUUGGAAAGUAAUAAAUCAGCACGUUUACAGACAAA